AACACAACCUAAUAGGUUUAGGUAGGACUCCCAUCUGCAUUACCUCUCCAGAGCAGAAGGUGGCAGUAAUGUGCAACAGGCCCUAUUCAUCUGCCAAUGCACUGCGCAUGGCAAAGGAGAGCAAUUACCAGGAGUUGGGAGAUCGCAGUUUACUGACUAAAUUUUUAAUCUGUUUGCAUCAUCAACAUUUUAACUAUCUACGGUGGAGAAAUGUCUUAAUCGGUAACUGCAGAAUUCAAGAGGAUUACAACAGUCAGUCUUGUGUCGAAGUUCUUCUCUGGGCUGGAUGCUCACUCUUCAGACUUAAUCAGGGUGUUUGGCAAGAAAGGUGGUGCUCAAGGAAGGAAGAUCAGGAGCAUCAUGGUUCCCAUAUCCCAGACCAACAUCAUUAAUGUCAGAAGAGAGUGUAUCUUCAAAGCCCUGUGUGUGUACCUCAACGAAGAGCCCAAGAAGCUGGUGAAAGAAUGCACGGAUGCAGAUGUUGAAAGCAACCAGGCUGAAAUGAAGGAGAUGACCUUUGGAAUCUAUGCCAUACGAAAAGAGGGUGCAGAGCCGGAGGAUGACCCAGACGAUGUGGGUAUCAUCUUGGAGGGUGUCAAAGUUCUGGACGAGCUGGGGAACGUCCCAUUUGCUGUUGCCAUGCUGUUCGCUCUGGUCUACGCACUCAACCUAAGCUACCCUUCAGAGCUCAGAUACACCUUCGAAGCUUUGCAGAAGAUCAUCAUGGAGCUUGAUGGAAACAGACUCUCAAGAAAAGCUCAAACACUGAAAACCCUGCUUUCACGUAAGUCAUCCACUGUAGAGUGACCAAAAGGUCAACCGUUGCUCUUUGAGAGAUAGAAAAGACUUUGGCCUGAAAUGUUCCUUAGAGAAAGUAAAAAUGAACGAUGAAUGAAUGAGUGUUUUCAAAAGCAAUUGUUGCAUGCAGAAACAGUUCUGUUUAGUACUUCCAAUGUUGCACAAUGCUGCUUUUUCAGUUCUUCCUCACGUUUUUCCUUUGCCAUCAGUUGCCAGGGAUGCAUCUGCACAUACACUUUGUAAACUUUUGUUUGGUUUAUUGGUAAGCUGUACAUUAUAGAAGUCUUCUGUAUUUCUGCCAGGGAAAAAAGGGAAAUUGAAAAUCAAAAUUGUAAGAUACUUGGCCAUUGUUAUGAGUUAACAAUAAUAUUUUUCAACCAAGGCUUCUACCUUAUUUUCUAUUGAUGCAUUUUAUGUAAUGAAAACAUUUUGACUGUUUAGGCUGGAUGUGGAAGGUUAACAGGGGGCAGGUUCAAAUAGUGGGCCCCAAUUUUCUAACCUGACAUAUUAUUGCUUGUCUGCCUCUUUUUUGAACAGAUAGCAUAAUGCACCAUCUGUCAGCAUUUCAGGUUGAAUCACUCUGCUGUAUUUUCACAUGAGCAUGUUUUCCAGCAGCUGUUGAAAGUCAUUCUUUGCCUUUCCUAAAUACAGUCGUGUUCCAACAAA